AUGGGCCAAUAACGAAAGACAAAAAAACUAUAUCAUAUCAAAUAUAUUAUUACCACGGAAAAUUAUCCCUAAAAUCAAUUGGUAUUAUAAGAAAUUAUUUUAAGAUUAAAGUACCAUCUUGAAGAGAAGAAGAACUAAAGAAUUAAUAACUGA